CCCAAAACUUGAAUCCAUCCAUCCAUACUCUCUCCUCCGCUCCCAAUCUAACACCAUUAUUUUUUUUUCCUUUUUAUUUUUCUCUUUUCUUUUGUUUGAUGUUAACUGAAAGAAAUAUUCUUGAAAACAACUUUUCUUCUCUAUUUGCUUGCACAACUAAGAGAUCAAAGUUGUUCCUGUAUAUAAGCCUAGCUUGGAUUGUUUGAUCACUCUUCCAAGCAUGAAUCAAAGCCAAAGAUUAUCAUGAGUACUUGCAUUGAAAUGGCUUUCUUCCCCACCAAUUUCAUGCUCCAAACUCCCCAUGAGGAUGACCAUCAACCCUCCACUUCUCUCAACCCCCUCCUCCCCUCUUGCACUCCUCAAGAUUUCCAUGGAGUGGCAUCAUUUCUAGGGAAGAGAUCUAUGUCAUUUUCCGGGGUGGAGACACCAAAUUGUGAAGAAGCACAUGGCGGAGAGGAUGAUCUGUCAGAUGAUGGGUCCCAGGCAGGGGAGAAGAAGAGGAGAUUGAACAUGGAGCAAGUGAAGACUCUUGAGAAGAACUUUGAGCUGGGAAACAAGCUUGAGCCUGAGAGGAAAAUGCAGCUAGCCAGGGCCCUUGGGCUGCAGCCUAGGCAGAUUGCCAUUUGGUUUCAGAAUAGGAGGGCAAGGUGGAAAACUAAGCAAUUGGAGAAAGAUUAUGAAGUCCUUAAGAGACAGUUUGAUGCCAUCAAAUCUGAAAAUGAUGCCCUCCAAGCCCAAAACCAGAAGCUUCAUGCAGAGAUAAUGGCACUGAAGAACAGGGAUCACCAACCCACAGAGUCCAUAAACCUGAACAAAGAAACAGAAGGAUCAUGCAGCAACAGAAGUGAGAACAGCUCAGAGAUCAAGCUGGACAUCUCAAGACCCCCAGCCAUUGAUAGCCACCCCCCAAUCACUCCCAAUACCAGCAGAUCUCUCUUCCCACCCAACACUCUCAGUAGGCCAGCUGGGAUGGCCCACCUCUUCCAUCACAACCCUUCAUCCUCCUCAAGGCCCCCUUCAUCAUCAGAUCUCCACCCUCAAUCUGUCAAAGAAGAAACCCUAUCCAGCAUGUUCUGUGGCAUUGAUGACCAGUCAGGGUUUUGGCCAUGGUUGGAGACACAACACUUCAAUUAAGUCCCUAUGGUGAUCCAUCCAUCAUUAUUAUUAUUUUUACUUCUUUUAUUUCUUGGGUUUGUUGAGUGCAUUUUCAUAUAAGAUUUGGGGCUUAAUUAGUUUAUGAGAGUUCUUUCUUUGUAUGGUGUAUAAAUUAAAGUAGCAAACUUAAGAAGUAUUACUUUUCAUGAAUCCUUUUUUUUUUUUUUUAAUCAGAUCUUUAUGGGGAAAUAAUAAUUGAAAAGAUGUGUCUUUUGCAUUA